AUGGCGACGAGGGCGAUCUUUGCGCUGAGCCUCCCGGCGGCCGCGCCCGCGCUCCGCGUGCACGACGCAGGGCGGGCGGAGGCGAACACGACCAAGACGCGGGCAGGCAACUGCGACUGCCUGUCGUGGGCCGACGUCUACUACACCGAUAAGGCCUGGUGUGGCCGCGCGAACGAGCUGUAUUUUCUGAGCAAGAACGGGUUCUCCGCGUCGUACGCAGCCACCGAGCCCAUCACUGGUUUGCCACACAAGGUGUGCGCCGACUUCUUCAAGAACUUCGCAGACGCGUCUUGCCUGAACAUAGACUUGUACCCCUUCCCAGAGGACGAGAAGAGUGGUAAGCAGUGGUGCUACGUUUCGAACGACUGCGCCGACCUGAACGGGGGCGGGUAUGCCACAAAUGCAGAGGGCUUCGCGCAGAGCAGUUGGCACAAUUUGCAAACUGCGUCCUUCCAACAGUGGAAGAUUUGCGACCCUGCGGAGGCGAACACUGAGGCGAUGAUGGCCAAGCCGGUUCCCACAGUGGUCGCGUUAGGGAAGGCCAGCGACGUCCCUCUGUCCCGCCUGCUGCGGCUGUCGUACCCCGCCGUGAACAUCAGCUGGGGCCAGGCUAAGUUUUUGUGGGACGCCAUCAACGACGAGUACGAUGAGAACAGGACCAUCGCCGAGAUGGUCGAUGCCGUCCCGCCGGUCAGCGGCUGGGGCAGCGCCAUCGAGGAGGCGCACGCCAGGCUGCGCGAGAUCGCCAAGUCGGAGCAGGGCACCGUGCUGGACUCUGCGGGCCACGGCGACAACUUCCACGUGGUCCAGGGGCGCGCCGCGUACUCGGUGACACGGAUCCCGCUCGGGAAUAUGGCGUACUUGAGCGGCCAUUUCUCCAAGGAGUACGAGGUCACCUGCCUCGUCGGCUGCGCAGAGCCCGAGGCCCGCGACACUGUCGACCUGGACACGAUGUGA